AUGACUUCCAAUAGUCAUACAGUCUAUUAUAUAGAGUCAUACUUGAUAUAUUGUGUGAGAGCUGACAUUGAGGACCACAGCGAUGAGUUGGAGGAUGUAAUCAUUAGAGAACACAAUGCUAUUAGAAAAUUUCACCGGGCUCAUCCAUUGGACAAAAUUACUGAUAAUGAAUACACUAGAAAUCGUUGUAAAGCUAAAGUGGGACAUCCAUUAUCAUUUUCACCUCCCGGUGCUGAUUCUCAAUAUGGAGAAAAUGUCUAUCGAAUGAAUGGCAAAAGUUUGGAUUAUAAAAAGGUGGCCGAUUUGGUUGUAUUAGCAUGGAGUAAAUCUAAAAAGGAUUAUAAGUGGGAACAAGAAAACCCAGAGUCAAAACAUCUCAGUUUUACACAAAUGAUUUGGAAAGACACCAAAAAGAUUACAUGUGCCAUAUGUGGACAAAAAGUCAAUAGUAAAGUAGAGGCCACUAUUGUAUGCAAUUAUUUACCCCCCGGUAAUAUCAAAAAUAAUUAUAAGAAAAACGUAUUGGAAUCCAUGGGUAGGACUGCAUAUGAGAUCGAAAAACCGUGGUUUCCAAAUUCAUAA